AUGCCUUAUCAAAGGCAACAUGUCUAUAAUCAGCAGCACCAGCAACAGUUGGCCUACCAACCACCUCACCAACAGCAGGACAACAACAUGAUAGAAAUCAAGGGCAUGCUGCAACAACUCAUUGGGACAAAUGGUAAGAUGCAAGAAAAGUUAGCAGCACAUGAUUCAGCAAUCAAAGGCAUUGAAACUCAAUUGGGACAGCUGUCUAUGGCCUUGAACAAUCGCCUACAAGGAACAUUGCCUACAGAUAGAAAUAUUAACCCAAAGGAACAUAACCCAAAUCAGCUAAUGGUAGUGAGUCUCAAGAAUGGAAGAGAUUUAGACAGAGAGCAAGAAGGGUCUCAAUCUAGGAGAGAGACUACGCUAACUACUCCAGUUACAUUAGAGGUAGAUGAGUCAGCAGAGCUCACCGAGGUUGUAAUUGAACAAGCACAAGUUGACAAGGGUAAGGAGAAGGAAGGUGAACAACUCUUAGAACAGGUGGUAGAAAAAGCUUCCAACAAAGAAAAGACACCAAGCAGUGGGCAGAGGUUGACUCCUGCACCAUUCCCUCAGAGAUUGGACUUGUCCACUAUAACUCUGACACAGACUUGCAGCGCGGUAGUGACAAGACUUAAGGCUCAAAAAGUGUCUGAUCCAGGUAGUUUCACUAUCCCAUACACCAUUUGGAGUUAUGCUUUUGCUAAAGAAUUGUGUGACUUGGGGGCCAGUAUAAACUUGAUGCACUUGGCAAUCUAUACAAAACUGGGCAUUGACAAAGCUAGACCGACCUCAAUGUUGUUGCAACUGGCUGAUCGCACACUAGUGGAGGCAGUGGAUGUAAUACUGCAAGAGGAGGAUGAGACCCUUAAUGUCAGGGAUCCGCUAGAAGCCUGUUUGAUGAAUUUGGAAGAGAUGGAUAGUGAAGGGCUGACGGAGUGGGUCUUGUCUCUCGAGGGUCAAGGGUUCUGGAAAAGGGAACCUUGGUUCGAUCCCCUACGCUUAGAAGAAAGAGAAACACCACCUGCAAAACCAUCAAUAGAGGAGCCACCACAGUUGGACUUGAAACCGCCUCCAGCUCACCUCAGGUUGGCAUUUGAUGAGCUGAAGAAGGGACUGGUAACUGCACCCAUUAUUGUUGCACCCAACUGGGAGCAACCGUUCGAGCUCAUGUGCUACUCCGGUGAUUAUGCUAUAGGAGCAGUUUUGGGGUAG